AUGUCGACGGCGCUCCAAACUCUAGCCAAUUACUAUGAGUCAGUAAUUCAAUGUGAAAGAAUCUAUAGCGAUUACAUUAUUGCACAGCAGUCCAUCGACCCUAAAACAAAACAACAGCAUGAAUCGAUACUGACUAAAGAAACAAUAAGUCUAAAGAAGCAGGUUGAACAAUUGAUCACGGAAUCAGUAUCUCAGAGACAGGAAAUUGAUAGGCUGAGGAAUCUGAAUAAGACGCAGCGUUCGUUGUUGGAGUCUAAGUUGGAGGCGGCCAAGAAGCGACUAGCCAGAUCUAAAGAAGGUGUAGUUAAUCAGGAUGAGCAGGUGCUGCAGAAGCAGGAAGAUUUAAAUGGCAGGGGCGGAAAUGAAGCUACAGGUGGUGGCAGUGGUAGUGGCAGUGAUGGUAGUGCAAGUAACAAUGGCGCUGGAUUUCACUUAUUGUCACCUUUGCGCUCUCCUGGGGGUAAGGUUAAGGCGCGUAAGCUAAAUGGCAUAGCAGUGCAUAAUAGGGUUGCAAGGUUAAGGCAAGUUAUAAAUGAAGGACGUAAAACUAUGUUUGACGAAGAUACAGAUGACAGUGCCAAUCUAACUGACGAAGUAAUGUUUAUGGAGACUUUUAAGCGGACCGAUGCAGCGGGGAACUCAAGUGCUGGUGACGGUCAAGGAAACACCGCAGGAAACGAAGUGCAUCCUGAAGACGAAGAUGAUGAUGAAAAUAUGGAGGGAGAAGGUUCCUCACAGCUGAAGAAGCGGAAACUAUCGCGGAAGCGAAUCCAAACAACUGAAAAUGAGGGUUAUCAUGUGCGUGGAUUUAGAUCUAAGAAUCUUAAGGGCAUAUUUAAGGUAAAAUGA